AUGGAGACCGUGGAAACCGUGAAAGAAAUGCUUGCUCGACCCCUGCCCGCGCUCAUCAGCCCAAGAGGCACGUCAAACCCAUCAGACUCCCGCACCAUCAUAAACGUGCGGCUGUUUCAUGAGUGGAGCAGGUUUGGGGCAGAAGUGCGGCGCAUCCUGGAAGAGCUCGGCCUUGACCAGACUAUCCUGCAGAUUGAUGACUCGAAAGACAAGCACUACAUUGUGGGUAAUGAACUCGGCCUGACUGGUCGAUUCUGUCGGCAUGCCUGCGAUGCCGUCUCGCGAGCACUGGCCACCACUGAUCUGAGCAUCAGAUUUGGCGAUCGCCAAGCCGCAAACCUCCCCGUCUCCGAUAUUCCGCCCGAUGUGGUGUUGUUGAAAGGGGACAACCCCCGCUAUCUUCGGCCAGUUAUGGUUAUUGAACUCAAGACGUUCUGGACCGUUAAUUUGGAUGUGGAUUUGGACAGCCCUCAAUGGGAAAGAAUUGCGCCACUACAGUCACAUCUUGGCCAGGUAGUAUGUCAGAUGAGAGACAACAAUACCCGAUACGGCGUUCUCUCCACCUACGAAUACACCUACUUCAUUAGACGAGAAAACGAUUCUGGAGCAUACGAAGAAGACCCUAAGUUUGAGGUACGAAUGCAUGGCACAGGGGCACAAGCUUCGGACCGACCCUCGCACCUCCGCAGACACUCUGCCUACCGCCCAACUGGCCAGGGAAGUGUUGUUGACAUUCCGACAUUCGCUGUAACCAGUCAAACGAUUCUCUUUGGUGAUAUGGAACAAGUGGCGACGAAUUAUGUUGAUGUCGUCAAGUGCAUACAAACUGGAGACCGGAAGUCAAUAUUUGAGGUUAUUUGGGAUGGGCAGCCUGCAGUUGCUAAGUGUUGGGUGGAAUCCGAAGCCCAAAGUUACACCAACGAAAGGGUCAUCUACGAGACGCUGUCGGAGAAAAGCCCGAGAGGCUAUUCGUUUUUCGCCGAUUUCUAUACUGCAGGAUUGAUAUGCUGUUCGUCCGUGUUUUCGACUGGGAACAUACUGGUGAUUCAGAAGGUGAAAGGGGUGCCACUCCAUGAGAAAUGGAAUUAUUUGUCGGAGGAGAAAAAAGAAUUUGUUUACCACCAGGUUUCCCAAGCUAUACAAGCACUUCGGGGGACCGGCGUGCUCUGGGCCGACCCAGGCAUGCACAACGUUCUUUAUGAUGAUAGUGACGGCCAUCCGACUGUCACCGUGGUCGACUUUGAACGAAUCCAGCUACAUGAAGAUGAGCCGUUGCUCUAUCCCACUGAAAUGGCGAGGAUCUUUGGACGAGAGGCGGUAAAGCGACGAGCCAUGCCCCGAUAUCCCGGAGGAUGA